UCGCGCGGCCCAUCGUCCUCUACCGCUCGUGGGCUGUCACUGGGAUUUUAAACUGGUACACGCGACCAUUAACGGGACAAGAAACAUUUACGUCAGAAAACUCACUGAGAAUAAACGUUCCUCGAAGAAAUAAGAAUUCCAGAAUAAUUUACAUUUUCUGCAGUUUUUAUCUUUGAGCUGACGGAUCGCGGAGAGAGUCUGCAUUUCUACAGGUAAACUAUGACCAGGUGGAUUGUAUUACUUUGUGUUUGUCUGUCCGUCACCUCGGCAACAUUCAACAAUUAUCAGCAAAUCAGCAGCUAUGAGGAGCACUCCUUUCUGGACCCUGAGGACACACUGAGUGUGAGCGUCCCCCUGGAGCUGCCUCAGCGCCCUCUACUGGGCAGCACCUUGGUACUACCCUGUUACUUCCAGGACCACACCGUCCACGACCCCGGCGCCCCCACCAUUGCCCCCCUGUCCCACCGCAUCAAAUGGAGCCGCAUCACCAAGGAGCGUGUCUCUGUCAUCCUGGUGGCCAUGGACGGAGAGGUCAGGGUGGAGGAGGACUAUCUGGACCGGGUCCACAUGGUGGGCUACCCCCAGACCCCCACUGACGCCAGCAUCAAGAUCACAGAGUUGAGGUCCAACGACACCGGCACCUACCGAUGUGAGGUCCAGCACGGCAUCGAGGACAACCAUGACACUGUGGACGUCCUGGUUCAAGGUAUCGUGUUUCACUACCGGGCCAUCACGACACGCUACACUCUGACCUUUGAGAAGGCCAAGGCAGCCUGUAUCCAGAACAGUGCUGUGAUCGCGACCCCAGAGCAGCUCCAGGCCGCGUACGAUGACGGCUUCCACCAGUGUGAUGCCGGCUGGCUCUCUGACCAGACUGUCAGGUACCCAAUCCAUGAUCCACGUGAGAAUUGCUAUGGCGACAAAGACGAGUUCCCCGGGGUGCGAACCUACGGAGUGAGAGAUGUCAACGAGACUUACGACGUGUACUGUUUUGCCGAGAAGAUGACAGGCAGUGUGUUCUACUCUGGCUCUGUGGCUAAGUUCACCUACUUUGAGGCUGAGGAACAGUGUAGUAAGCAGGGGGCCCUGUUGGCCACCACAGGACAGCUGUACCUGGCCUGGCAGGCUGGUCUGGAUGAGUGCAAUGCAGGCUGGCUAGGAGACAGGAGCGUCCGCUACCCCAUCAAUGUCCGGAGGCCGCAGUGCGGAGGGGGUCUGCUGGGGGUACGGACCGUGUACCUCCACGUCAACCAGACGGGGUACCCCCUCCCCGAAUCCCGCUAUGAUGCCUACUGCUACACAGAAACGGACGAGGAGGGCUCAGGCAUGGUGGUGCCCACCGAGGCGGGCAGCGGCGUGUUGAGCGUUGCCACAGUGACCCAGGGUCCUCCCGAGGUGUUCUUCAGGAACAUGACCACAGAGAGCGAGGCACUGGGCGAGGGCCUGGCCACCCAGAAACCCACUAGCGUGGACUUCACUUUCGGCACUGAGUUGCCCCUGCCACAGCCGCCCAGUAUCACCGAGCUGCCACAGCCGCCCAGUGUCACCGAGCUGCCACAGCCGCCCAGUAUCACCGAGCUGCCACAGCCGCCCAGUGUCACCGAGCUGCCACAGCCGCCCAGUGUCACCGAGCUGCCCCUACCACAGCCGCCCAGUGUCACCGAGCUGCCCCUACCACAGCCGCCCAGUGUCACCGAGCUGCCCCUACCACAGCCGCCCAGUGGGACAGAGUUGGUUGUGGAUGUGGUGGGGAGAGUAACGGCCAGGCCGGAUGUGGGGAGUGAGAUCGGCGAAGUGAGCAGAUCAGGAUAUUUAUUUUCUGCUACAGGCGUGGUGUUUCACUACCGUGCUGGAUCUAGUCGCUACGCCUUCACCUUCGUGGAGGCCCAGCUUGCCUGUCAGAGUGUUGGAGCCUCCAUCGCCACCCCAGAGCAGCUCCAGGCUGCCUAUGAGGCCGGCUACAACCAGUGUGAUGCAGGCUGGCUUCUGGAUCAGACCGUCAGGUAUCCCAUCGUGUCUCCUCUGGAGAAGUGCUCUGGGGAUCUGGAGACUUUACCAGGAGUGAGGACCUAUGGACUGAGGCCCGCUGAGGAACGCUACGAUGUGUACUGCUACGUGGACAGACUCAGGGGUGAUGUGUUCCAUGCUGGCUCCAGUGAGGGCUUCACCUAUGACGGUGCUCUGGCUCACUGUCAGGAGCUGAACGCUACCCUGGCCUCUACUGGCCAGCUCUACGCCGCCUGGAGACAAGGCUUGGAUAAGUGCCGCGCAGGUUGGCUAAUCGACCGGAGUGUCCGGUACCCCAUCACCAACCCCCGGGCGGCGUGUGGUGCAGGGAAGGCAGGGGUGUACACAGUAUACACCCACAACAACCAGACGGGAUACCCAGACCUGUAUUCCAGAUAUGACGCCUACUGCUUCAAAGUGGACAUCUUGUUUGUCGCCAAUGAAACUGGAUUGAACAUCACAGAGAUAGAAGAGGCUUUGGUUAACCUCACAUCCAUCACUGAUUUGCUGAGGCCUGUCCUGCCUUCCAUCACUCCUCCCAUCUCUGUGGAGUCCUCAGGCUCUGGUUCCGGGGCCUCUGGGGCGAGUGGAUCCUCCGGAGAUCUCUCUGGUGAUCACUCCGGUGAACUGCCUCAUUCCGGGGAUCUGUCCGGGUCAGGUGAUCUUUCAGGCAGCGGAAGCACAGAGAUUCCCAGCGGAUCAUCUGGUCUGAGUAGUGGAGAUGCGUCCGGCUCGGGGCUGAGUGGAGACGGAUCAGGAAUAAUGGUCACUUCAGGGAGGGGCAGUGUUUUAUCCGGUUUGGGCUCUGGGGGUCCUCAGGAGGCUGGAGAGGGAAUAACGGUCACCUUCUCUUCAGGGAGUGGCAGUGUUUUAUCCGGUUUGGGCUCUGGGGGUCCUCAGGAGGCUGGAGAGGGAAUCACUGGGAUCCUCACCUUCCCCACGGAAAUGGGAUUGGGAAUGUUCAGUGGCAGUGGGUUCCUGUCAGGAUCGGGAAGUGGCUCCGGUGUCAGUUCUGAGGAGAGCGGCUCUUCGUCUGACAGCUCCAGCAACUCUGGGGAAAGUGGGGAGUUGUCUGGAAUGUCGUCCGGCUCCAGCUCUAGUUCCAGUGAGGAGUUUUCCGGAUUUCCCUCAGGAUUCUUUCCCUCAGGAGGCUCCAGUGGUCAUUCGGGAGAGGAGUCGGGAAGCGGAGACACUCAGGUCCUGCUGAUCGAUGGUAAACUGGUGGAGGUUUCCACCUCUCACACACACAAAGAGAAGGAGCUGGGUGGAGGGGGCCUGGAAUUCAGCGGCUCCGGAUCUGGCAGCAGUGGCUCAGGAUUCUUCCCGAGUGUGACCUUCUUGGGGUCAGGAUUUACCGACCUCACAGGGUCAGCCUCAGGGGAACAGGAGGCCUCAGGGUCUCUCCACUACGGCUCCGGAAGUGGUGAUAUCAGCGGUUCGGCCUCGGGCAGCAGUGGCUCAGGGUUCUUCCCGAGUGUGACCUUCUUGGGGUCAGGGUUUACCGACCUCACAGGGUCAGCCUCAGGGGAACAGGAGGCCUCGGGGUCUCUCCACUACGGCUCCGGAAGUGGUGAUAUCAGCGGUUCGGCCUCGGGCAGCAGUGGCUCAGGGUUCUUCCCGAGUGUGACCUUCUUGGGGUCAGGGUUUACCGACCUCACAGGGUCAGCCUCAGGGGAACAGGAGGCCUCGGGGUCUCUCCACUACGGCUCCGGAAGUGGUGAUAUCAGCGGUUCGGCCUCGGGCAGCAGCGGCUCAGGGUUCUUCCCGGGUGUGACCUUCUUGGGGUCAGGGUUUACCGACCUCACAGGGUCAGCCUCAGGGGAACAGGAGGCCUCGGGGUCUCUCCACUACGGCUCCGGAAGUGGUGAUAUCAGCAGUUCGGACUCAGGCAGCAGUGGCUCAGGGUUCUUCCCGAGUGUGACCUUCUUGGGGUCAGGGUUUACCGACCUCACGGGGUCAGCCUCAGGAGAACAGGAGGCCUCGGGGUCUCUCCAUUACAGCUCCGGAAGUGGUGAUAUCAGUGGUUCGGCCUCGGGCAGCAGCGGCUCAGGGUUCUUCCCGGGUGUGACCUUCUUGGGGUCAGGGUUUACUGACCUUACGGGGUCAGCCUCAGGGGAACAGGAGGCCUCGGGGUCUCUCCACUACGGCUCCAGAAGUGGUGAUAACAGCGGUUCGGACUCGGGCAGCAGUGGCUCAGGGUCCUUCCCGGGUGUGACCUUCUUGGGGUCAGGGUUUACUGACCUCACAGGGUCAGCCUCAGGGGAACAGGAGGCCUCGGGGUCUCUCCACUACGGAUACGGUGCGGGAAGAGGUGGAUACGCAUCAGGGUUCGGAACGUCGGGCUUCCCAUCCGGGGACAUGUCUGGAAUCUCCAGAUCCUCCACCAGCGAUGAGGAGGACAGCGCUGUCACCUUCCUGACUAAUGACUUCAUGACAGAGGUUUCCAAGGCGACCACGGUUUCCAUGGAGCUGGGGGCUGGGCCAGUGCAGUUCAGUGGGCAGGGAAGUGGGUCCCACACAUGGAGCGGUGCUGACCACCCAACCCAGGCCAGCGGUGUCUCAUCUGGGGCACACUCUGGAGAUCUGCUCCCUGUGGUGCUGUCCUCUCCGCCCAGCAACAGGGAGCUUAUGGAGGGCACAGAAGGGCCAGAGGAGGCCAUGGCUGAGCUGGGGGAGACCACCAGCGAGUUUUACGUGACCUUUGCCCCCGACCUUGCUCCUGCCGGAUUGGCUGCCCCAGCCAUCUCCCUGCAGACCCCUGCCGUCAUGGAGAAGCCAUCCUCAGAGGAGGGUAUCCCUAACCCAUGUGACCCUAACCCGUGUGGUGCUGGGUCAUGCUCAGUGGAGGAUGGUGUUGGGUUGUGCCAGUGUCCGCCCGGGAAAGUGGGAGAAGGGUGCCAGUAUGAGGUUGAUGUGUGCCAUUCCAACCCUUGUUCCAAUGGAGCCACCUGUGUGGAAAAUGCAGACUCUUACAAAUGCUUAUGCCUGCCCAGCUACGGAGGGGACCGCUGCGAGAUUGAUGAGCAGGAUUGUGAGGAGGGGUGGACUAAGUUUCAGGGCAACUGUUACCUGCACUUCCCCGAGAGAGAGACCUGGCUGCAGGCCGAGCAGCGCUGCCGAGACCUCAGCUCUCACCUGGUCAGCAUCAUCACCCCAGAGGAACAGCACUUUGUCAACUCCAACGGCCAGGACUACCAGUGGAUUGGGCUCAAUGACAAGACCGUGGAGAAUGACUUCCGCUGGAUAGACGGCACACCACUGCAAUUUGAGAACUGGCGGCCGAACCAGCCGGAUAACUACUUUAACUCUGGAGAAGACUGUGUGGUGAUGAUCUGGCAUGAGAACGGCCAAUGGAACGACGUUCCCUGCAACUACCACCUGCCCUUCACCUGCAAGACUGGCCCAGUAUACUGUGGCGCACCGCCAGAGGUGGAGAAUGCCAAGAUGUUUGGCAGCAGGCGGGAGCAGUAUACGGUGGGGUCCAUCAUCCGCUACCAGUGUAACCCAGGCCUCCUACAGCGCCACCUGCCUGUGGUGCGCUGCAUGGCAGACGGACAGUGGGAGAAGCCACAGGUGGAAUGCCUGGGCGCAGUGCCCUCCCCCAGUAACAGAAUACAGCGCAGAUCGAUCAGAAGGCGAGGAGAACCAACCAGCAGCAAACGUCACUAAGCAGGGAAGAUUAAAGAAGAUCUCUUGAAGAUAAUUAUUUUAUAAGAACAUUUACAGAACACAGAAGCCAUUUUCUAACUUACUAACGAGGUUUGAAUGUUUGAAGUACCCACCUUGUACAUAAGACCAAAUCAACUUUGAGCAGUAACAUUGUCUUUUCAGUUUGUCACUCUCUGACUAUUUAAAAAAAAAGUAUGAAUUAAGCCAUUAUGUAAUUGUAUGUUUUUGUCAUUCUUGUCCCAAAAUAAUGACAUGUGUUCAUUAUAUAUAAGAGUUGUUUAUUGUUUGGAGUUUUAUUGUUAUUAUUAAUAUAAUUUUUGGUUUUGGUGGAUUGUGAUGCCGUUGAUAAGGUGUGAGUUGUUGCUAAAAUACUUUGUCCAUGUCGCUAACUAGACUGGAUUAUGGAGACAUGGUGUAGGGUGAAGUUUCCGCUAGACACUGAUCUUGGGUCAGUUUUACUUUUCCUCCACUAAUGGUUAAGAUGAGGGUUGGUGGAGGGGAAGCUGAUCCUAACUCUGUACCUAGGGGAAACUUCACCCCUGUUCUAGAUCUUUGCCAAACCAGACAGUGUGUGUUAGACUGUACCACCCAGAGGUAAACACCCAAUCUGGCCAGACGGUAUUUAGUGGGGGUUUGGCACGUUGCUAUGAGCCAAGCAGAGGCUUGGUGAAAUUCACCCAUUGAGGAGAUACUAGACAGUCAGAAGUAUGUUUGUAUUCUGGAGGUGCCUACAUAAUAUACACUCACUAUGGGAGAUGGAUAUAUGUCUAAUAAUCCAUGAAGGACUGUGAAUUUGAUAGAAAAAGUCUAUUGAGUUACUUUUGAGCGCUGUUAGCCUAGCAAUGUUAGCCUAGCAAUGUUAGCCUAGCAAUGUUAGCCUAGCAAUGUCCGGUUGUAGCAAUGAUAAGCAAGAUGAGGUAAAGGGGAUGAGAUCUUGUGCAUGUAUCCACCAAACAAGCAUUUAUGAGUCACCAAAUGAUCACCUAUCUUUAAAAUAGUAGAUGCUAAAGGGGAAAACAAUAUCUAUAAUUGUCAGAUGUCUUCAUACAUCAAAAGUGGUGUUGUGUAAAACCGAGAAAUCUUUUACGCUUCAAUGAAUAAACAUGUCUGACGAGUUUUGAUUUUGGGGUGAACGAUCGCUUUCACCUUUUACUGCAGUGGGCUAAAUCAGGGUCACAUAAAUCUACUUUGAAACAAAAGUAUCCACCUCACACACAUGGUUAUGGGCUUAAAAGAAAUAAGACACCUGUACCAUGUCACAUAUAGAGUUGAAAUGUAUUAAAUGUUGAGUUUGAAUCCCAAUAUUACACUUUAUAUACAUCACAGAAAACUGAAAUAUAACAAAACCGUCUGACAUAGAAAACAGUUGUUCAAAAUAAUGCUUAUUAAUUAUGAAAUUAUGAAAAAUAUUAAUAACAUUCCACCCAUGAGGCCACUAGGUCAUUUGACUGCAGGAAAGGGCUAUGGGAGGGGAUAAUAAGGGAGAUAUUAUUUAUUUAAUCUCUAAGUCAUAAAGAGAAAGCUAGCGAAGCCGACACAGCAGGCUACUGUGUCCGUCUGUAUUUCAAACCUACAUAAUUUGUUUAGAGCAGAAGGGAGACGGAGUGCCUGAUGUGAAUAAUACACAGCAAUGUUAGAAUCUCUGCCUGCCACACUGGAGAGGCAACAUCAUGCGAUCUACUGAGGCUGCCCUAAAAUAAGAGAGUGAAAGAGGACUCAACUUCUCAAAUAAGAGAGAGAGAGGACUCAACUUCUCAAAUAAGAGAGAGAGAGAGGACUCAACUUCUCAAAUAAGAGAGAGAGAGAGGACUCAACUUCUCAAAUAAGAGAGAGAGAGGACUCAACUUCUCAAAUAAGAGAGAGAGAGAGAGGACUCAACUUCUCAAAUAAGAGAGAGAGAGAGGACUCAACUUCUCAAAUAAGAGAGAGGACUCAACUUCUUAAAUAAGAGAGAGAGAGGACUCAACUUCUCAAAUAAGAGAGAGAGAGACUCAACUUCUCAAAUAAGAGAGAGAGAGAGGACUCAACUUCUCAAAUAAGAGAGAGGGACUCAA